GAUCAGAUACUUCACCUGCAACAGAAAUGGAUGAGGAAAUUGUCUCUGUGGUUAUUGACAAUGGAUCUGGUGUGUGCAAGGCUGGAAUGGCUGGAGAAGAAACUCCCCGUGUUUUUCCAUCCAUCGUUGGAUGCCACAAGGACAAGGAUGCAGUGAGAAGCUGCAUGGGAACUGAGGCUCAGGGCAGGAGGGGCGUCUUGGCCUUAAAAUACAUCACUGACCAGAACUUUGUCACCGACUGGGAGGAACUGGGAAACCUUUGGGUCCAUGCCUACAGCACUGAGCUCCAGGUUGAUCCUGGAGAACAUCCUCUGCUGCUGUCAGUGGCUGCAGGAACACCCAAACCCUGCAGGGAGAAAAUGACUCAGAUCCUUUUUGAGGCCUUAGACGUUCCUGCCUUGUUCUUGGCCAAUCAGUCUGUUCUGUCUCUAUAUGCUUCUGGUCGCACCACAGGUUUGGUAGUGGAGUCUGGUGAUGGUGUCAGCCACACUGUCCCAGUUUAUGAGGAUUAUUGUUUGCCCCACGCCUUCUGCUGCACCUCGGUGUCUGGAAGAGGCCUGACAGAGAACCUGAUCAGGAUCCUCAUGGACAAAGGCCACUACUUCACAACCAGCGCUGAGCGUGACAUCAUUCGAGACAUGAAGGAGAAGCUCUGCUACGUGGCUUUGGACUUUGAGCAGGAGAUGAAGACGGCAUCUUCCUCUUCCUCACUGGAGAAGAUCUAUUUGCUUCCAGAUGGACAAGAAGUCCGGAUCUCCAACGAGAGGUUCCGCUGUCCAGAAGUUCUCUUCAAACCAGAUUUAGUUGGAAAUGAGUCGGCUGGUCUUCAUGAGAACAUUUGCAGCAGCAUCAUGAAGUGUGAUAUUGACAUCCAGAGAGACCUGUGGUCAAACAUCGUCCUGUCUGGAGGGUCCACCUUGUUCCCUGGAUUCACUGAGCGCAUGCAGAAAGAGAUCCCUCCUCUGGCUCCGCCUUCCACCACCAUCAAGAUUGAGGCUCCACCAUUGAGGAAUAUUUCUGCUUGGCAAGGCGGCUCCAUCCUGGCCAGCCUCUCCACCUUCCAGCACCUCUGUGUCACCAGACAGGAGUACAACGAGUCCGGCGCCAUUAUCAUCCACCACAAAUGUUUUUAAACGUCUCUGUGGCUCUAAACUUUCCUUCACUUGCUGCACCAAGCUGAGCAAGUUAUAGUUUUUAUUUGUUUGUGGAAUAAUGUGGAGAAAAACAGUCUAUCAACACUUGAAGAGUGAAAUUAGAGUGAAAACUGUAAAACUAUAAAACAUUUAACUGUUUAAGCUUUGAAAUAAAUUCAGGAGCUUCUUGUUAUCCUAAGAAUUGUUGCUGGUUUGUUUAACUAUAAAAACCUAUUUUGGUGGUAAUGAGAUGGAAACUCAUUACAGAAACUUUCAAAUCUCGUUGUAACGAGAUGCUGCUUCUGAAUUUAUCUCCAAACUCCAACAGUUAAACAUUUCUGUAGAAUGAAAACAGCAGAAUUAAAAUUCAGUUCAUUUUGUAAAAUUUAACUUGACAAUAACAGCAAAAUGACACCCAAAUAUUUUACAGUGAAAUAUCUGGAGAGGUUUGAUAGAAAACCAGAGUAAUUAAUACAUAUUUUCUCUUUAAGAUAAUCUGUGACUAAAUGUAUUUAAACAUGUUUAAAUCUUACAUGUAUGAACAAUGUACCAAUUCAGAGUA